AUGCAGAAGAGCUCUCCUCCUCUCCACAGCGCGCCAAAUAACAAGAGGUUCCUUCCACCACCAUACCCCUCUCUUUCCCUCUCCUCGGCCGCAGAGGAAGACGAUGGAGGCGAUGAUCACCACUUCCGGCUCACUCUCGGCCCACCCGGAGCACCCUCCUCUCCUCAAGGCAGAGCUUCCGAGCGCCAUCAACGACGCCUCCAACUGGAACCCGAAAAUGAGCAUCCCAUCGACGAUGCAGCGAUCACCCUCCGUAUAGGCCCCUCAAACAAGAGCGGUGCAACAGCAGGCAGCAGCUCUGGCGGCUGCAGCGAUGAUACUCAGAUGCAGUACUGGAUCCCCUCUCAGGCUCAGAUCCUCGUCGGCCCAACCCAGUUUUCCUGUCCCGUUUGCAACAAGACCUUCAAUCGCUACAAUAACAUGCAGGUGGAGACCCUCUUCCCUGAGAGUUUUUCUUGCACCCUGGCUGUAUUUCCUCUCACUUUCGCUUGUGAUGGUUACCAGUAACGUUACCUCGAAUGUGAUACGCUAAACCCGAUCUAAAUUAUAUAAGUUUAAUGAAUAUGUUUAUUGGAUUGGAGUUAAUUUUAUCUCUCAAAAGGGUAUGCUUGAAUAAUUCCGCAUCAAAUAAUUAAAACUAUUGGUAUAGGAUUAUGAACUGGAAAAUUUCUUAUCGAUUAUCUGCGAGUGGAAGGACCCAGUUAUUUGUGAGUUCUAAUAUCUUGAUUUUGUUUUGCGGGCGUGAAGAUGCAUAUGUGGGGACACGGAUCGCAGUACAGAAAAGGGCCAGAGUCGCUGCGGACGACGACAAGGCAGGUGCUGCCGUCGAUGAUGCGGCUACCGUGCUACUGCUGCGCGCCGGGGUGCAGGAACAACAUUGAGCACCCGCGAGCGCGGCCGCUCAAAGACUUCCGCACGCUGCAGACACACUACAAGCGGAAGCACGGCUCGCGGCCAUUUGCGUGCCGGCGUUGCAGCAAGACCUUCGCGGUGCGAGGAGACUGGCGCACCCAUGAGAAGAACUGCGGCCGCCUCUGGUUCUGCAUAUGCGGUUCCGAUUUCAAGCACAAGAGAUCGCUCAAGGACCACGUUCGCUCCUUCGGCAGUGACCACGCGCCUCAUCUUAUCACGGGCUCUCACUCUAGUGGCAGCGGCGGAGGAGGCGAUGGCCGUCACUAUGAAGACGAUGGCGAUGAAGACGAUGGAGAAUUGGAGGACGAAGAGGGGUGUAGCAACAACGACCAAGGACACGGUGAGUAG